GUGUUUUAAUGUGAAACCUGCUUUAAAAAAUUCAAUCUCCUUAUGUUUAUAAACAAGACGUUAUUCGUCAUGCAAUUAUGUCAGUGAAAGAUGCAAUGUUUAGCUCAUCAACGCCAGAGAAAACUAUACGAUUUCAAAAUACAACAAAAUUUAAUAAUUAUGAGAAUAAGGUAGAAGAUUUAUAUAAUAAUCCAGAAUUUAAGCCAAAAAUGGAUGAUCGGCUAAAUGAAAAUGAGAACAGAAAGAAAGAUGAAUUGCCAUCAAUUCUAUCAUUUCUAAAUGUUGAACUUACUAGAGGUUAUUUAUUGGAAAAUGAUGAGGAACAAUAUGCUGCACGUCGUGAAAAAGUUUAUUCAUUUAUGAAUAUACCUCGAGAAAUGGAAAAAUUUAUGAUUUAUGGUUUUUUACAAUGCGCUGAUUCAUUUUUAUAUGUUUAUACAUUUUUACCGAUACGCUUUAUAUUAGCACUUCGUCGUUUAUUAAUGCGGCCAUUUAAUAAGUACUUAAGAUUUAAAUCAGAUGUUUCAUCUUCAGCACGCAGCACACAAUUAAAACCAGCUGAAAUAUGUGAUCUAUUAAAAGCGUUUAUAAUAAUCAUUUGUAGCAUAUGUUUAUUUUAUCUAGAUACAAAUAUGUUAUAUCACAUGAUUAAAAGUCAAUCAGUGAUUAAAUUAUAUAUCUUUUAUAAUAUGUUAGAAGUAGGUGAUCGUUUAUUUUCUGCAUUCGGACAAGAUAUUAUUGAUGCAUUGUUUUGGACAGCUACCGAGCCACGUGAUCGACGUCGAGAGCAUGCUGGUGUUGUUUUACAUUUUAUUUUUACUGUUGCAUAUGUCUUUUUACAUAGUGUAUUGGUUUUACUUCAAGCUACAACUUUAAAUGUUGCCAUUAAUUCAAAUAACAAGGCAUUGUUAACCAUUAUGAUGUCAAAUAACUUUGUCGAGUUAAAAGGUAGCGUAUUUAAAAAAUUCGAUAAAAAUAAUUUAUUUCAAGUAUCAUGUAGCGAUGUACGUGAACGUUUUCAUUUAUUUGUAUUAUUAUUUAUCGUUGUUUUGGAAACAAUGAAAGAAUAUUCAUGGAAAGAGGAACGUUUUUGGGUAUUAAUACCUGAUUGUUUUCUUGUGCUAUUUGUUGAAAUGUUAGUCGAUUGGACAAAACAUUGCUUUAUCACACGUUUCAACGAACUCCAAGAAGACGUUUAUCGAGAUUAUACAACGAGUUUAGCGUACGAUAUGGCACAAACGCGACAAAAGAAUGCUUUUUCCGAUCAUUCAGAUUUAGUUGCACGUCGUAUGGGUUUCAUACCAUUACCGUUAGGUGUUGUUAUGGUACGUGUUUUAGCGCAUGCGCUUCAUAUUCAAGGUCCAACGUCUAUAACACUUUUAUUUAUUGGAUAUUUAAAUAUUUUAACAUUUCGUAUUUUAAUUAAUAUUGUUAUAUUGGGUACGGCAUGCUAUUUAAUACAACAACAUCGUCAAGACAAAAAUUUAAGUACCUCAUCUCCGGUGGGUCGUAGUGCAAAUAGUCCACUAUUAAAUAGCCCUACAAAUAAUGGAAAGUUACCGACAAUUCCAUCUAAGGAUACGAUUAAAGAUAGCUUAACAUCAACCUCAACCCCAGUGAAAUCACCAACAGGUACAGGAGGUCACAUGACAAAUUCAACGUCCAAUGAAUCAUCAGAUAGCAAGAAAAAAUACGAUUUCACUGAAUCCGGUUUUGGAGUAACAGCAAUUUUUUCAAAUAGUUCUGUAGACUUGAAAAAUGUAUGUUUAAAUGAAGAAUUAUUACGAUUAGAGCAACAACAGAAUGAAAUAACGGCCCCAUCUACGAAAGAGAUGACCGAUAUCGACGAUACGGAUAGUAUGUCAAAAAGUGUGCCGAAUAUUCAAAAGGAAUUAAAUGAAGAAAAUGAUUUAGAUAGUACUAUAUGUGCUGAUACGACCAACAAUAUUGGGGGUAUUGUAGGUGGUGAAAUGAAAAAACGAUCGGAUUCAGAACCGUUAAUUGUUAAAUCGGAUGAAGAAACGAGUUGAAUACGUAUAAAUAUGUUUUUGUUUGUUUUUUUAAAUUUUUGUACAAAAAACCAGUAUGUGAUGUCAUAA